CUAUCGGUAGAGACUAUCACCCAAGAGUAAUCCCCGAUCCGGAAUUUUUCACCACUUGGCUAUCAGAACAUUUUGGAAGAUACGCCUUGUGGAUGCCAAAUGGUAAGUCUGUGGAAAGUCUACACCUUGUGGGUGGAAUCAUGCUUAUCGAUGGGCCCAGGAAUCUGGGAUCCACCAAUUGCUCUGGGUCAGGCACCUGCUGCAGCUGAAGCCACCGUUCCCGUCUUUGCUCCCACGACAGAUCCGGCAACAGGUCUGCAAGUGACGACCGAAGCGAGACCUGUGCCUGCAAAUCCCACGCAGGUCCCACAGACCACGCGUGAAACUAUUGCAACCAGUACAAUCUCUUCGCAGGCCGCUCCACAUUCAACACAAACGGCAGAUGUUCCCAAGACAACGUUCGUAGAUCCGACAACCUCGAUACAUUUCAGUUUUGACCCUGAGACGCCAACUUCACCAAACUUGGUAGACACAACUCCCUCGUCCCAUACAAAGGGAAGCACUGUCACGGUCAACGUGGUUGGGACCAAUUUUGUGAUUGGCGGUCAUACUUUAGGCGUCGGUUCUGCAACAACUAUCAAUGGUCAACGCUUGUCACAUGCCUCUUCCAAUAUCGUUGUAGGAACUGGUGCUGCAGCAGCGACGAUGCCGGUUGACGCUUCUUCCUUGCUGCAGCAAAUUACACUUGGGACUGCCACUGUCAAUAUCGGCAAACUUGACACAGGGGUUGUGCAGAUUGGCUCCCAAAAGCUGACAGUCGGAGGAUCUGUUCAGACGAUCGAAGGACAUGUUGUUAGUGCCGGCACCUCUGCUCUGAUCGUUGGUCAGGGUUCGAGUCCAUCAACCACGACCAGGACCUUUCGACAGUCACUGUUGGCAAUGAAGUUUUGACCGUGGGCGGCGCAGCACAUACGGUCGUGUCUCAAAGGCCGAAGAUUACAGUCAUCACAGUUGGUUCGCUAACUCUCACGCGCUCUCCAUUGGCUAGCGGGGCAGAGAUUUUAGCCAAUG